GCUGCAGGCUCGUUUUCGCACGUGGCGCUAUUUUCCUUUUUUGUUGUGUGUGCACCGUGUGAGAAUUUAGUGGUUUUACCAGCAGCAUCUCUACUAUGUCGUUUCGAGGACGGGGGAGAGGGAGAGGGCGUGGUAGAGGGCGAGGAAGAGGGAGGGGACGGGGACGAGGAGGUGGAGGAGGAUGGAGGACGAGGGAACCCGACCCUCAGGAUUAUCCUCCCCUUCUGCUGAUACGUCCGAUAUUUGACUGGUCUGAAGUGGGGAGUGUGUACCCCCAGGCCGCGCCGCUCAUGGACAAAACUCUACUCACGCAGCUGCUGACAAAGAGAGUGCAGAAAUAACACCAUCUGGUGAUGAACAGUCCAGAGUCCAGGGGUUCUGCAGUAAAGUCUCUACAAUCCUCGAGAACCUCAUUCUCACCGGAGAAGGAGAAGAACUGAUGUUGGACGAGGUGAGAGGGGCGGGGUCUUACAAGAAGGGGACGGCCCUCUCCGGUAACACGGCCUCCGACCUCGUUGUCAUCAUGAAGAAUGUACCAACCGAGGCUAACGUCUCCAACACCAUGCAAAAG